GAGCCAGAAGCGUCCCAGAUCAAUCAUAACCAUCCUUAUGUGUAGUUUUACGGCGAAAGGGGGAUGGGCUAAUGAAAUUAUUGGGCUAGUUGUUGGACCACCAAGCAGCUACGCUACCUGCCAUAACCCGAUGGAUCCUAGCGGAAGUGACCUGGAUUCGAGUCUGCCCCAUGCAGAGAACCCGUGCCUGAUCGUGGAGGACUCCCAGCCCGACAGUGCGGCACUGGAGGACGACCCGGACAGUAGCUACCGCGCCUUGCUCGCCCGCCGCUUGUCCAGCCUGCAGCCUGCCACCUCCCACAGCCCUGUACUGGAGCUGAUGUCCUCUCCGGCAGGAAACCGAUACUCUGAGACAGACAGCCAAUCAGAGAGGGUCCAGAACAACAAUCACAACGGGCCAGUCAACCAGGAGGAAAGUCAAGUCCUAGAAGUUUGCUCCAAUACAAGGAGGUGUUCUACAGAAGACAUGGCCACGGAGUCUGGGGCGGACUCCACUACACACUGCGCCCAGCCUGAAGGGGGAGUGUCCAAGUUAGAUUUUCUGGAGCUUUCUGAGUGCCAGGGUCCAGGUGACGUGGUGGGGAACAGUCAGGAGGAGGAGAGCCCUACUGCUGCCCAGACAGACAGCCAGAGACACAACCAGCCAGGUGAACAGAAGAACACAACCAGGGGCUUGCCUUCAGGCAGUCAGGACAGAAAAUCCAAGAGGUCGGAGGUGAGCUCUAGCAGCUCGUCGGAGCCCCUGGGUCGUGCUGGCCGGGAACUGAGUGUCCAGGCUUUGCUCCACUCCCAGGGCCUGCAGGCCUCUGAGGACCAGGAUCCCAAAGGGGACGACUCUGAGCUGCUGUCCUCUCAGGAGGACCUCUUCGACACUGACAAGACAGGCACAGGGGUGGACAGCACAAUGUCAGAGGCAGAGAACCAAGGCGUGCCCACCCUGACCCCUGCCCACACCCUGCGUCUGCUGCACCUCUCUGGGCAGGGCACCCUGGUGCAGGAGAGCCUCUCCCAAAACUCUGAGUUUGUAGCACCCACCCAGGAAAACUUGAGCCAAACACCUUUCAUCGUCCCCAAUUCACCGACAGGACAAGAAAAUGAACUGGGUGCCGACGAACCAAUGGACACGUCUAUGCCUCCGGAGGACCAAUCGGAUGGUAAGGAGGAGGAGCCAAUGGACAUGGACCCAGCUCCUAAGUCACACCCCUCAGCAUCCACCCCAGUAUCCCAGAACUCCCCAGGUUUUGUGUUGGAGAGGACCCUCUCUCUGCCUACCCAGCCUGAGUUCUCUCAUGAUGUAUUUGUCCCAACCCAGAGCCAAGAGGCUGGAAGCAGUAGCAUAGCUCCACAAGAGACGCACAGCAGGAAAGUGACAUCAUCAUCCCAACCCACAGCACUGGAUUCAAGCUCACCCAAGAUGGCCGCUGCACCCACCCAGUCCAAAGCACCCACAACAACUGACCGAGAACACUCUGUGACUGAUUCUUUCCAACUGGAGCUGUCUGUGAAUACUCAGAGCUGUAGUCUGGCCCAGCAGGCUUCCAUGCAGGCUGGGGGGAAGGAUGUCGAGGAGGACAGUCAGGCUACACAGAUAGAAGAAGGUCUGGACGGACGCCUACAGAUAGACACCAGUGACUCUGUGAUUUCACGUAACAGCCAGAAGAGGGAAAGUAACGGGGUCCCCUCUGACCCAAAAACACCUGCUAUUUUGCCUAAAGUUCCUCAGGUGCCUGACUUACUGAAGACUAGCGGGGAAAGUACCAGGAGAGAGGAAUGUAACACUUCACAGAAGUCUGACACGCACAAACAGACAACCUUGAAUGUACGCAACAUGAAUAUAGGCGACGAUGGUAUCAAUGUGACCAAAACGGAGAGUUCUCAGAAGCAGGAUGCCAAGGCCUCUUCCCCCUCUCCUUCCUCCCAACAGAAGCUUGAAACCAUAGACUUAUUCACCCCUAGCAGCUGUGUGCAGGAGACGCCUUCUUCCUCGAAUAGCGCUGCCUGUAGUUUAGCCUCCCUGUCUCAGUCUCAAUCCCAGUCUGUUUUCCCACAGAUGUCUCACGUGGGAUCAGUGAAGGCUCUCUCUCCGAGUCCAGGUGUUUGUGUAGACUCCAGAAGAGAUGGAGGAGGAAGGAGAGACAUAGGAGAAGCAGGAGGAGGGGGAAGCCCGACGAGCUCACAGAAAAACAGGGACCCGUCUAAAUCCAUACAGUCUUUAUCGCAGGAGCGUGGAGGCACUGCUACCAACAGCCUAAAGGAGAAAAACAAAGCAGAUGAAGAAGGGAUAGAGGAGGGGGGAGAGAAGCAGCACGACAGCACGUUGGGGCCUGAGGGCUCAGGCCUCUAUCUGUCUCUCUCUCAGAGCCAGGUGCUUUCUCCAGAGCCCAUGGAGGAAGAAGAGGAGGAAAAAAUAGGGAAGUUCCCUGUCUCGCACUCCAGGAGUGAGGGAGGAGUAGGAGAGGAGGAGAGCUGCAGCAGCAUCAUUGUGCUGGAGGAGAGUGAGAGGAGCUCCCAGCUACUGGAGAAGGAAGUUAAGUCGCCGUCUAACAUGGGCACGUCUCAGCCAGUGGCAAGCCGGCGGGGGUCAGUGUCGUCCAAUGGCACAGGGUCACAGCUGAAGGACACCCAGCUGGUACCAAUCGGACUCACCCAGGCUGAUAAGGAAGGGUCUAGGGAAGCAGAGGGGCUCCGAGACAAGAGCCUCAGUGACAGCUCUGGAGAGAUUCCAUUCCACUUCACUCUCCCCAAAGAAGGCGAGCUGAUUGGCCCUCCUGUGAGUGCCACUCCCCCUCUGAUCAGCCAGUUGAAGCAGACACCAAGACACAGCACUCCGAUUGACAUGACUUCCUUCUCUGAGAAGUCCGCGGCGGUGGGUGAUGUUUCCACGGAGACGGCGAUGGCGACCAGUGAAAUCACGGCGGGGGAGAGUGGCGAGGACACGGCCGACGGGGCUGAUGGGAAACUGAGUUUGCGGAUGAAGCUGGUGACCCCUGUGGAGGAGGGCAGCUCAGAACACUUCAGCCUGCAGAAGCCACCGCAAUCAGACGAGGAAGGCUCUGUCUCCAAGGUUACCACCGUUGUCAAGGCUGUAACCAGAGGGGAACUGUUCAGCUCACCCUCACAGCAGAAAAGCUCCCAAAGACCCUCCAUCCCCUCUCUCUCCCUGGAAUGCAUCAGCCUCCCCAACAGCCAAUCCGAGCCCCUCUCCAGCCCCCGCCAGGAAGUGAAGCAUAUGUUGCCAUUGGGGCUCAGAGAGAAAGAGCCUCUGCUGAACCAUCCACCCCAGGCCUUCCAGCAAGCCGCUGCCAUCAGACAGAGGGCCGUGUCCCAACAGACAAGCUUUGACAACACCAUCUCUCCCAGUUCACCCAGUAAGCUUUGUCAGAGAGUGGCGUUUCAGCAGACCAGCUUUGAAGCGGCUGGCCCCAGGUCUCCAGCAGCCAGCGGCGAGCCAGAGACCCCACCCUCGAGGGCAGCUGCUGGUCCCGCCCAUCGCAGACACGUGCGGACCAUUCAGGAAGUGCGGACGACGGUCACACGCAUCAUCACAGACGUGUACUACGAGGCGGGAGAGAGGUGGACUGAGUCGGAGGAGCCGGUGGUGGACAGCCGUGUGUUGGAAAGCGACAUCUCUCCAUGUCGCACCGGCAGCUCCAUGACCUCCGGUGACCUGGGUGAUGUCAGCUCUCUGUCCUCCAAAGCUUCCAGCCUGCAGCACAGCUCCGGGGGCACCAGCAUAGUCACGGGUCCUGCCCAGAGGGGCCCCGAGUUUAUCAUGCCGCCCAGCCGAGGGGCCAAGUCUGCCAGGUACUGUAUGCAUGCAUAUCCCCAGGAGGGGGAGUGGGCCACAGCAGAGGGGCCACAGGGGUCAAACGGCAGGGUCAGAGUUCAUGAGAGAGAGAGUUCAAGGACUCCAUGGGUCACGGGCCUUCACCCCAUUGACGCCCCGCGGAAGAGCCAGGAGGGGCAGACCUCCGUCCCGCUCACCCCUGUCCAGGGGGUGCCGGGGGUCCCUCGUGCCAAUGCCCGCGGCACCACUGUGUCCUUCCUCCGAGGGAUGAGGCCCUACACCCCCUGUGUCCCCACCCCGCACAUCCCAGACAGCCCCAGUGAUGAAAGCAGCCCCCAGCUGGGAGCAGCUUCGUGGGGCUUCCGCGUGGUGGCCAACGUGGUCCAGCAAUGGCUACUUUCUACUUCCGCCCGCAUCACCAAGGACCUGGGCGAGGGGCGUUACCGGCUGCUCUUCGAUGACAGCUAUGAGUGCGAGGUCACGGGCAAGGACAUCCUGCUGUGCGACCCCAUCCCCCUGGACACUGAGGUCACGGCACUGCUGGAGGACGAGUACUUCAGCACAGGUCGAGUGAAGGGCUACAAGAAGGAGGGCAAGGACUUGUUCUACAGUGUGGAGAAGCAGGGCCAGACUACAGCUGUAGAGAGGGAGGGCCAGACUACAGCUGUAGAGAGGGAGGGUGCCGACGAACCAAUGGACACGUCUAUGCCUCCGGAGGACCAAUCGGAUGGUAAGGAGGAGGAGCCAAUGGACAUGGACCCAGCUCCUAAGUCACACCCCUCAGCAUCCACCCCAGAUGUAUUUGUCCCAACCCAGAGCCAAGAGGCUGGAAGCAGUAGCAUAGCUCCACAAGAGACGCACAGCAGGAAAGUGACAUCAUCAAUCCCAACCCACAGCACUGGAUUCAAGCUCACCCAAGAUGGCGCUGCACCCACCCAGUCCAAAGCACCCACAACAACUGACCGAGAACACUCUGUGACUGAUUCUUUCCAACUGGAGCUGUCUGUGAAUACUCAGAGCUGUAGUCUGGCCCAGCAGGCUUCCAUGCAGGCUGGGGGGAAGGAUGUCGAGGAGGACAGUCAGGCUACACAGAUAGAAGAAGGUCUGGACGGACGCCUACAGAUAGACACCAGUGACUCUGUGAUUUCACGUAACAGCCAGAAGAGGGAAAGUAACGGGGUCCCCUCUGACCCAAAAACACCUGCUAUUUGCCUAAAGUUCCUCAGGAGAGGAGGGAGAAGCUGCAGCAGCAUCAUUGUGCUGGAGGAGAGUGAGAGGAGCUCCCAGCUACUGGAGAAGGAAGUUAAGUCGCCGUCUAACAUGGGCACGUCUCAGCCAGUGGCAGCCGGCGGGGGGUCAGUGUCGUCCAAUGGCACAGGGUCACAGCUGAAGGACACCCAGCUGGUACCAAUCGGACUCACCCAGGCUGAUAAGGAAGGGUCUAGGGAAGCAGAGGGGCUCCGAGACAAGAGCCUCAGUGACAGCUCUGGAGAGAUUCCAUUCCACUUCACUCUCCCCAAAGAAGGCGAGCUGAUUGGCCCUCCUGUGAGUGCCACUCCCCCUCUGAUCAGCCAGUUGAAGCAGACACCAAGACACAGCACUCCGAUUGACAUGACUUCCUUCUCUGAGAAGUCCGCGGCGGUGGGUGAUGUUUCCACGGAGACGGCGAUGGCGACCAGUGAAAUCACGGCGGGGGAGAGUGGCGAGGACACGGCCGACGGGGCUGAUGGGAAACUGAGUUUGCGGAUGAAGCUGGUGACCCCUGUGGAGGAGGGCAGCUCAGAACACUUCAGCCUGCAGAAGCCACCGCAAUCAGACGAGGAAGGCUCUGUCUCCAAGGUUACCACCGUUGUCAAGGCUGUAACCAGUGUCCCUGUCCCCAGCCCCCUGCACAGCUCCUCUGUGUUCAGCAGGGUGAGGGAGGCCCACAGACAGGUGAUGGAGGACCAGGCCGAGGCCCAUCCCAGUGACCCUGGAACCCCUGUCAGAGGGGAACUGUUCAGCUCACCCUCACAGCAGAAAAGCUCCCAAAGACCCUCCAUCCCCUCUCUCUCCCUGGAAUGCAUCAGCCUCCCCAACAGCCAAUCCGAGCCCCUCUCCAGCCCCCGCCAGGAAGUGAAGCAUACGUUGCCAUUGGGGCUCAGAGAGAAAGAGCCUCCUGCUGAACCAUCCACCCCAGGCCGUCCAGCAGUGAAAACACCACAAAAAGGCACCGCAGCUGGGGAUAGAGAGCCGUGUGGGCCCCUGGAGCCAUCCACCCCCACCAGAGCCGCUGCCAUCAGACAGAGGGCCGUGUCCCAGCAGACAAGCUUUGACAACACCAUCUCUCCCAGUUCACCCAGUAAGCUUUGUCAGAGAGUGGCGUUUCAGCAGACAAGCUUUGAAGCGGCUGGCCCCAGGUCUCCAGCAGCCAGCGGCGAGCCAGAGACCCCACCCUCGAGGGCAGCUGCUGGUCCCGCCCAUCGCAGACAUGUGCGGACCAUUCAGGAAGUGCGGACGACGGUCACACGCAUCAUCACAGACGUGUACUACGAGGACGGGAGAGAGGUGGACUGUAAGGUCACUGAGGAGUCGGAGGAGCCGGUGGUGGACAGCCGUGUGUUGGAAAGCGACAUCUCUCCAUGUCGCACCGGCAGCUCCAUGACCUCCGGUGACCUGGGUGAUGUCAGCUCUCUGUCCUCCAAAGCUUCCAGCCUGCAGCACAGCUCCGGGGGCACCAGCAUAGUCACGGGUCCUGCCCAGAGGGGCCCCGAGUUUAUCAUGCCGCCCAGCCGAGGGGCCAAGUCUGCCAGCCCCAGGAGGGGGAGUGGGCCACAGCAGAGGGGCCACAGGGGUCAAACGGCAGGGUCAGAGUUCAUGAGAGAGAGAGUUCAAGGACUCCAUGGGUCACGGGCCUUCACCCCAUUGACGCCCCGCGGAAGAGCCAGGAGGGGCAGACCUCCGUCCCGCUCACCCCUGUCCAGGGGUGCCGGGGUCCCUCGUGCCAAUGCCCGCGGCCAACCACUGUCCUCCUCCGAGGAUGAGCCCUACACCCGCCUGUGUCCCACCCCGCACAUCCCAGACAGCCCAGUGGUCCCCAGCCACUCCUCCACAUCUCUCCUCACCACCAUUUCCCAAGAUGAAAGCAGCCCAGCUGGGAGCAGCUUCGUGGGGCUUCGCGUGGUGGCCAAGUGGUCCAGCAAUGGCUACUUCUACUCAGGCCGCAUCACCAAGGACCUGGGCGAGGGGCGUUACCGGCUGCUCUUCGAUGACAGCUAUGAGUGCGAGGUCACGGGCAAGGACAUCCUGCUGUGCGACCCCAUCCCCCUGGACACUGAGGUCACGGCACUGCUGGAGGACGAGUACUUCAGCACAGGUCGAGUGAAGGGCUACAAGAAGGAGGGCAAGGACUUGUUCUACAGUGUGGAGAAGCAGGGCCAGACUACAGCUGUAGAGAGGGAGGGCCAGACUACAGCUGUAGAGAGGGAGGGCCAGACUACAGCUGUAGAGAGGGAGGGCCAGACUACAGCUGUAGAGAGGGAGGGCCAGACUACAGCCACUACAGCUGUAGAGAGGCAGUGGUACAGCCGCAGUUCUGUCAUCCUGACCAUGGAGCAAGGCAACAGGCUGAGAGAACAGUACGGCCUGGGACCCUACGAGCCCUCCACACCCCUGGCCAAGGCCUCUGAUAUCAGCCUGGAUAACCUGGUGGAGGGGAAGAGGAGACGCAGGGGGAUCACAGGGGGGGCCAGCCCCCUCACCCCUGGCCCCUCUGGGAAGAGGAAGCUGAUCAGCUCUGAGGACAGGGACAGGACCCCGGCUAAGCGAGGCCGCAGAGGGGGAGCCAGAGCCGGCCAGCGGGUUGGUGUGUGUAACACCUCAGGCAGUGGCACCGACCUGCCCUGGGACCAUAGUGACCUGGCGGAGACUCACGGCCCGCUGCCCCAGAGUGCAUCUCUCUUCCUGGGCUUUGCCUUCAUGCUGACCGCAUCAUCAGAGAGCGACCGCCAGACCAACCAGACAAUCAGCGAUGGCGAGGAGGAGUAUGUGCAGACGGCCCCCUAUCACAAACGCUACACUGAGACCCAGCUGGAGGCCGGAGCAGGCUUCAUCCUCAACGACUUCAACGAGGAACAGUGCAAGGCGGCCUAUCAGAGCCUGCUGAUCACCGACCAGCAUAGCCGAACCAGGAAGUACCUGCUGUGUGUGGCCAGUGGCGUGCCGUGUGUGUCUCACAUCUGGGUGAGGGACUGUUGCAAGGAGGGCAAGCUGCUCAACUACAGGAACUACCUGCUGCCCGCAGGAGUGGGCCCUGACGAGCGCAUAGUGGAAUGGCAUCCGCGCUGCAGCCCGUUUAAGGCCCUGCGGGUCCUGUUGGUAUUUGAGGAGCCGGCGGAGCUGUGGUCUGAGCUGCUGAUGAUGAGUGGAGCUUCCUCUGUGAGACAGCAUCAAGCAGAAAAGGACAGCUCUGACAUUCCUGUGGGCAAGUUUGAUGUGGUGGUCACAGACCGCACCUGUCCUCCAUUGGUUCUGAAGAGUGUGACAUCACAGGACAUACCCAUGGUGUCGCCCGAGUGGCUAAUCCACAGUCUGAUCUGUGGGGAGCGCCUGGGUUACCAUAGCAACCCCCAAUAUCAUCAUGACUACACAUCCCCACCCUCAUCCUAAUCCAAGCCUCCCUUCGCACACAAAGGUUUAUUGUAGGUAGAAGAUGCCCUUAUCCUCAGAUCUGGGAUCAGUUUCCCAACUCGCAAUCAUAACCAUUAUGAGGGGUGAUAUGACCCUGUGUCAGUGCUUAGGAGCAACUUGUACCUACAUACACACCGUCAACCACGUUAAAUGUAUUGUCAGUUCUAUUGCAUGCUACUGUAUAUAGUUUUAACCUGUCUGUUUUUAUGGAAUAAUAAACUGACUUUCAUUUUAA